GCAUGAAGACCCGCCCCCUUGCAGCUCGGUGGCCAACGCCUCUGCCCAGAGCUUGCUGGAGCCAAAUAGAUUCACGGACUCCAGGGACUGGGCACCUUCCAGGUGCCCUCCCACCGCAGGUAAGUUCUUUACAAGUCUUGGUCUUAACAGGUGUUGGUGCCAGCCAAGGACGCAGUCUGACCUGGGCCGUGCCUCUCUCUGGAGACUUUGUGCCAAUGGUUGGGGACGGAGUGAGGUCGUUGCCUUGACAACGACAGCAUGCGGCCCUCGGUGCUCCAGAGUGUGAGCUUGCGGCGGGCCAAGGCCCAUCUGCCUCCCUGCCAGCUUCACCUAGGACCCGUGACUAUUCACAGAAGAAAUCUAUCACAACAGCAUUGGAAUUGCUAGUCAGCAUCUUUUAGAUCUGCGAGCGAGAUGCAUUUCACCUCAAAUUUACUUCCAAGUUGAAAACCUCUGGGUCUUGCCACGCUAAAGGAUUUUAAAGAAAUAAUUUUAUUAGGAUUGCCUUGAAAAUGCCAUAUAAUAGGAUGUAAAUGAUUUCUAAAUUCAAAAUUCAAUCUCAUACAAGAAAAAUUCCUACUGGUCUUAAAUUAAAAUGGAAAAAUAUGAGAACCUAGGAUUGGUUGGAGAAGGAAGCUAUGGAAUGGUGAUGAAAUGUAGGAAUAAAGAUAGUGGAAGAAUUGUGGCCAUCAAGAAGUUUUUAGAAAGCGAUGAUGACAAAAUGGUUAAAAAAAUUGCUAUGCGAGAAAUCAAGUUACUAAAGCAACUAAGACAUGAAAAUCUGGUCAAUCUGUUGGAAGUAUGUAAGAAAAAAAAACGAUGGUACCUAGUCUUUGAAUUUGUUGACCAUACAAUUCUUGAUGACUUGGAACUCUUUCCAAAUGGACUAGAUUACCAACUAGUUCAAAAGUACUUGUUUCAGAUUAUUAAUGGAAUUGGAUUUUGUCACAGUCACAAUAUCAUACAUAGAGAUAUAAAACCAGAAAAUAUAUUAGUCUCCCAGUCUGGCGUUGUUAAAUUAUGUGAUUUUGGAUUUGCACGGACACUGGCAGCUCCAGGGGAGGUUUAUACUGAUUAUGUGGCCACCCGCUGGUACAGAGCUCCAGAACUGCUGGUUGGUGACGUCAAGUAUGGCAAGGCUGUUGAUGUGUGGGCCAUUGGCUGUCUGGUAACUGAAAUGUUCAUGGGGGAACCCCUCUUUCCUGGAGAUUCUGAUAUUGAUCAGCUAUAUCAUAUUAUGAUGUGUUUAGGUAAUCUAAUUCCAAGACAUCAGGAAUUGUUUUAUAAAAAUCCUGUGUUUGCUGGAGUAAGGUUGCCUGAAAUCAAGGAAACAGAACCACUUGAGAGACGCUAUCCCAACCUCUCUGAAGUUGCUAUAGAUUUAGCAAAGAAAUGCUUACAUAUUGACCCUGACAAAAGGCCCUUCUGUGCUGAGCUCCUGCACCAUGAUUUCUUUCAUAUGGAUGGAUUUGCUGAGAGAUUUUCUCAGGAGCUGCAGUUGAAAGUACAGAAAGAUGCCAGAUAUAGUUCUUUAUCUAAAAAAUCCCUAAACAGGAAGAAGGAAAAAGAUGAUGCCUUGGGUGAAGAGAGAAAAACACUUGUGGUACAGGAUACCAAUGCUGAUCCCAAAAUUAAGGAUUCUAAAGUCUUUAAAAUAAAAGGGUCAAAAAGUGAUGGAGAAAAAACUGAAAAAAUAAAUAAAGCUUCAAAUGCCAGCUGUCCUCAUGACAAUGGGACAAGUCACACCAAAGCAGUGCCUUCAACAAGCCUCAGAGAUGGCAGCAACAGCAGUGUGGAUUGCUCCAGGAGCCCAGCCAUGGCCAUCCCGCCACUUACGCACAAUCUUUCUGCGGUGGCUCCUGCUAUUAAUUCUGGACUGGGGACUAUCCCAGGAGUUCAGAGUUACAGAGUGGAUGAGAAAACCAAGAAGUAUUGUAUUCCAUUUGUUAAACCAAAUAAACAUUCUCCAUCAGGCAUUUAUAAUAUUAAUGUGAACACAUCAGUCACUAGCGAAAAGAACCUACUGCAGGCAAAUAAGAAACGAAAAGAAUACUCAAAGACAGAUGUCCAUUUGCCUGAACUAAAUUAUAAUCAUCUCCCUGAACUAAGAGCCUUGGAAGGAAUAGCUCGUAAUUCCAGACUAAUGAGGAAAGACAACAAAAAUAUUUCAGAAUCUCGAAUUCCUUCUCUGGCUGCUAUUGACCUUCAUGCCCCCAGUAUUGCAUUACAUCAGGCAUCAGGAUCCCCCCUGUCAGAUGUUUUGGAGGCUGAUUUGCCUCGAGUGGAACACCAGCAUUGAGUGUCAUUUGGCUCUAAAAUUGAUGCUGCUCUACACUUGAGAUGACAUCCUUUUUGUUAACAAAAGUGCUGAUAACCUAAAGGGGGAGAUUUGUGGGGUUUGAUUGUUUGCUUCUGAAUUGCCUGCAUUUUCUGAGAAAGGCCUUGCAGAAGAAGGAAAGAUAAAGACUUCCAUAUGUUUCAAAGGAAUACUGAGCAAGUACCUCUCCUCAACUGUUAUCCCAUCGCCUUUCAAGUCCACUGAUGCAUUUCAAGAUAUAUUCAGUGAAAGAAUAGUGAUAUGGUUCUUGUUACAUGAAUAUGUAUUUACUAUUAGUAGAGUGUGUAUUUAAAGUUAUUUAAGAUUACAAGUGAGUAAAAAAGGGUAAGAGAGAGAAAUAGUGUAUAAAGGUAUGUUCAUGCAUUGAACUUUAUUAUCUGUGUAAAUGUGUGCGUUUAUUUAGAAGUGGGUUUGGUGGAGGUAAGUGAUAAAAAUGAGAAUCAGUUGAAUAAAAUAAAAAAAAAACAAGAAUCAGUAAAAAAAAUAAUGUUUCCUUUACCCUAUUUUAAUUGUAAAACAUUUUAAAAUCUUGCUUGUUUCUAGACUUUAAGGAGAUCUGUAACUGCACUCAAAGGAUAGAUGUAUGUCCUUGGUUUCUGUGAUUAUUGUUGAUGUUUGAUCAGUGUAUUAUGGGAAUCUGGCCUCUCUGCUGCAAAUGUGGCAACAAAACCUUUCGUUUCAAUUGACUUUAUACAAUUCUAUCAUUGGAUAAUCCUCUGUGUUGUAACAUUCUGGUGCUAUUGUUCCUGUAUGAAGGAAAGUGAUUGGAAUGAAAGCAGUAAAGAAGAAUUUUAUAGGUAUCUUGGAGUCGAAUACUUCUCGUUGAAGUUGAGUGUUAACCAUUGAAAAGGGAGUAUAUAUACAAAAUUAAGAGAUGGGAUGCAAAAUUACCAGUUGACUAGGACUGAUUACUUUUCUCUGGGCCAAUUGUUAUGCAACUUCCCAGCUGAAGAGGCUUUGUGGAGAACACGUCCACUGUCAAGGACUUUAUGUCUGUCCACACAGUAAGAGGGUGACAUUAGAACACAGAGUGUCCCUAUCUACUUGUUUCUUUAGGCCUUCCCAAAAUCUUUUUACCAAGGUGCAAAUAAUUUACCCUACAGUCCAUACAUCUUUCCUAAUGCACUGAUCUACAACUUUUAGGUGGGAGAGUUAAACCAAUUUAGCUCCAAGUUUUUGGUUACUGGGUUUCCAAUUAUGCUCUGCAUUUAUCAUUUUAAAGAAUGGUUGUUAAGGAAAUUAGACUAUGUGUAGGUUUUCUUGCCAUAACCAGUUAACAGUGUGUUGUUUUUUCCAAAAGUCAUUGAUUAGAAUUUAGCCCAGGAAUUUAACUAGCACUUUUUUUCUGUUAUUCUGAGGAGCUUACUAUUAAAAUUCUAACCUUAGACACUUGAGUCUUAAAAAAGUAGAACAUUUGGGAAGAGGCAAAAUAAGGAGUUCUAAUCUAAAAGUCUGCAAGUGGUUCAAUUAAAAUAUGGUCUUGAUUUCGAAGCUCUGUCUUUCACUUCUGACCAGAUAUCUGACUAAAUUGGUAUGGCUAACAUCCUGAAAAAAAUUAGUAUAGAGGCAUUAAUAGGCUGCUGUUAGCAGACUGCAGCAUGGAAAGCCACAGACAAUACUUACAAACAAAGUAGCUUUCCAGUUUAUUUCAAAAAGUUAUUUUUAUUUGUUAAAGUGCAGUGUGAAAAUAUCACUUCAAUGUCUGAGGAUCUAAGAUCAGUUACCUUCUCAUUUCUAUAUCUGCUUUUGGUAUAUUUUGCCUAUUAAGACAUUUGUGAACAUUAGAAUUAAGGAACUAAAAACCAUUUACUCUAAGUUCAAGUUGAAACGCUAGGAUCAUAUUUGGUUAGAACCUUGAUAUAACUCCUUAAAAAGAAAAUUUUGCAAAUUGGAGCUAUAGACAUUGAACCAAAAUAAUCCUUUUUUCAGUUUAAGUUUAUUUUAUCUCUCUUUACAAGGAUAUGAUUAAACCACAUCCCAAUAAGAAAUAUGUGUAUGUACCAGUGGGGGAAAUGGACUUGCUGUGUGUAUGUUUUAAAAUGAAUAAAUAUUAUACCUCACGGAGCUCCAUAGAUGGUUUCUCUUUGAAUUUAUUUAAUUUACAGACUAUAGGUAAUAUAUACAACAUUGUAUGCUAUUGAACAAAUAAGUUUGAAAUAAUCUGAGUCGGGCCUCCCUGGUGGCGCAGGCGGUUGAGCGCCACACUGUGAAGCUGUCCGCACCCUCUGCAGCGCGGGUUCCAUCCUAGCUGGCUGGCGAGAAUCCCACAUAGCGCGGCAGACCUCUCCUGUCUUGCCCGCUGCUCCCCUCAGCAGUGUGUUUCAUCAGUCUGCCUGUUCUGUUCCCCGCUCUGUCUCUGGUGAAUCCUCUCACCCACCCACGCAUCUGGCCUGUA